CUGCGUCAUUAAAAGCAGGAAGUGGUGAACGCCGUGUCCAUUUUGUUGUCGAGACGUCUUCAAGUCUAGCUUUUAUUUUGUCAUUCUUGGUUUAUCCUUUUUUUUUUUUGCCAUUCGGCAUCCAGGAAGAAGAUGAAGGAAGUUCUUAAAUGUUUAGUACUUUUCCUCGGCCUGGUCGGGGCCUGUGAGUGGGAGCAGGUCGACGAUCGGAACCUGGAACUGAACUCGUCCUCCAUCGAGGCCGGAGCUCAUCACCUGGCGUGGAGGUUCGACAUCUCUGAUCCGGAGCUGUGCCGGGCCGAGUGCUGCGCGGACCCCCGCUGCCAGCUGGCCCUGCUCGGCUUCCCGAUGGACGGCAGCCCGCAGUGUGUGCUGGUCUCCUGCCUGAAAGACGGCAAGGACGUCUGCGUCCUGCAGCCCAGCUCUCAGUUCCAGGUCGUCGGCAAGAGGAAGCCUCUGAGGGUCGAGCCUCUCCUGGGAGAAGCGGAAGACACCGCCAUUGCGGUUCAGCCAAGAAACAACCUCACCAACAACGCUCUCUGUCGGCAGCCCAUGAAAGUUGGCUCGUGUCGCGCAGCCUUCCCCAAGUUCUACUACGACGUGGCCAACCAGACGUGCCGCAGCUUCACCUACGGCGGCUGCGAGGCCAACGACAACAACUUCAACACGCAAGAAGAGUGCCAGACCACUUGCAGCGGAGUCACAGGUUCCGUCCUCCCAGAUGUGUCCGCGCUUCCCAAUCAGCAGAAAUCUGCUCGGAUGGUUCUGCCCUUCAACUAUCCAGCAGCGUCAGCAGCAGUACAGAACGAUGAUGUCGCCGAUGGAAAAGGUGACAUGAUGUCUUCUGAAGAAUAUUCUGAGAGCUGCGAGGCACAGCCGGUGGCGGGGCCUUGCCGCGCGGCCUUCAGACACUGGUACUACGACAGGAAGGCGGGGGUGUGCAAGGCGUUUGUCUACGGCGGCUGCAGAGGCAACAAGAACAACUACAUGAGCCAACAGAGCUGCUUGGACUCCUGCCAAGUGACCGUGUUGACGUCCAAGAGGUUUUUGCCAUCUUACGGCCAACGCUCAGAAGAGUGCGAGUCUGCUCCUGACCCGGGUCCUUGUCGCGCCGCCUUCCCCGCCUACUACUACGAUGGCGACACCGACAGCUGCAGGCCUUUUGUGUACGGGGGUUGCCAUGGAAACCAGAACCGCUACAAGAGCACCGAGGACUGCAUGGCUCGCUGCAGCACGGACGGUGCUUUCGAAGGGCUGAACAGAGGGCGGAGUCGCUGGACUGCAGCUUUCUUCGUCCUGCUGGCGCUGGCGGCCAUCUGCGUCCUGCUGGUGACCGCGCUCAUCGUCGCCACUAUGCUGAGACGCCUGCCGUUCUCCCGCAGUUCCUCCAUCAUCAGUGACAAGGAGGAGCUUCUGCCAGAUGAGCAACCCUCUCAAGAGUUUCUGGACUUCCCCGAGACCCCCAAAGGGAACACCGCCUGAGGGCCCCAAAACUGACCACCACGUGCCCCAGCAGACACCUGGACUUUCUCCUUCAUUGAUCAUUUUCUGCAGCUCAGUAAGAUAAGUGGAAUAAUAAACAUGUUAGUUUACAUUGGGUCCAUCAGAUAGUGUACCUAAUGAAGUGGCUCGUGAAUGAUUCUACUUCCUGUCUUUUGUUUAAAAAGCUUGACUUUAUUGGUGUUUGAACACUUUCAAUGACUUUAUCACGUCACACAUUUUAAUCUUUUAUCUGAUUUUUAUGGUUUUAUUGGGAUCAAUUUUAUGUGUAUUGCUGUCAUUUUUGGAUUGACUAUUCAUUAAAAACAUGUAUUUCUGUCUAAACCGUAAUAAAUUACAAUAAAAUUGUAACGCUGUGUAAAAGUUUGAAUAAACAAAAUCAGUCACGAAGUAAAACAAA